GAUGAAAGCGCCGUCAGUAAAAAGUUGACUUGGAAAAUAAAAACCUGGGAGAUACGAAUACACUACGAACGAUUUGAUUAAUUGAUCACAGUGUCGGACUUGUGUGAAGAAGGUGGAAAGGAGAUGAAGGAAGAAGGGCAGAGGAUAAUAUCGGAGGAAGAGAUUGAAGAAGGGCAGAGGGUAAUCUCGGAGGAGGUGAUUGAAGAGCUGCUGAACAUUAUUAGGAAUGACAUAUAUGAUGAAUAGCUGAAGAAGACACUUGUUGAAGAAUUGGUGAAAGCCAUCAAGGGGAUUUUUGAAGUGAUGAAUGGAAUAUAUGAAAAAGCGAUUGAUAAUGCAAUAGCUCUAGAGACUGAGAAGCUACAGAAGAUUCGUAUGGAAGCGAUCGAGAAGAAGAAUCAAGAGAUUAAGAGAUUAAACAAGGAGAUGAUUAAAAAAUUGGAAGAAGAGCGUUGUGAGUUGGAAGGGCUCGAGUAUACUAACUCUGCCUUGCUCCUCAAGAAGCGUCAGAGCAACGAUGAGAUUCAAGAAGCACGCAAAGAAUUGAUUAGGGGUUUUAGGGAUUUGUCGUGUGAUGAUAGAUCCACGAUUGGAGUCAAGAGGAUGGGACAACUUGAUAAGAAGCCUUUCAUUCAGGUAUGUAAGCAGAGAUUCACUGGUGAAGAAAACAUUGAGUUGGAACACGACAUGCUUUGCUGGAAAUGGCAGCGUACCGUCACCGAUCCAUCAUGGUACCCUUUCAAACGAGUUAGCAGUGGAGAGAAAAUGAAGGAAGUGGUGGAUGAAGAAGAUGAUAAACUUAAGACUCUGAGAGAAGAGUGGGGAGAAGAUGUGAAGAACGCGGUUAAGACAGCACUCGAGGAGCUCAAUGAGUUCAAUCCAAGUGGCCGUUACACAGUUCCGCUACUGUGGAAUUUUGAACAAGGGAGGAAAGCAACACUCAAAGAAGGUAUUGCUCAGAUGACUAAGGAGGUCAAGGCUCUCAAACGCCAACUAACCUGAAGCAUCCUUUACAUGAGUGUGUUUCUUUUCUUUUUUGUAAAGACUAAAGAGCUAGUGUUGUUCAUGGAAUCUUUUAUUAAACU